AUGGGACAAGAUAAAGGUAUCUAUAUACCAAAAAAGCAAACAAUUCCCAAUAAAUUAUCUGAUAUUCAAACAAUUUUUCACUUAUUCGAUAGAGACAAAGAUGGGAAUAUAAGUGGAAGUGACUUAUAUGAAACUUUCAAAAUAGUAGGAAUGGAAAUGACACCUCAACAGACUGAUAUAUUGAUGAGUGAGAUUCGUGGUAGAGGAACUGAUUUAAACCAAAAGGAGAUUGGUGUUACAAACACCUUAGAUUUUACUCUUUUUUCAGGAUUCAUUGAAAGACAAUUAGAAUCUGCUCCUCUAAAGGAUCAACUGAAGGAAAUAUUUAUGCUGUUAGAUAAAGAUGGUACUGGUGUAAUAACUCCUGAAUGUUUAGCAGAUACAUGUUCUAGAUUGGGAGUUGCAUUAACAGUACAUGAUGCUAGACAGCUCAUGGUACAAUCAGAUGGUCAAGCUAAAGCAAAUUAUGAUAAAUUUGUCCAGUUAAUGGAAAUAGCAAGAAAAUAA